AUGAAUCAUUUUUCUUUUUCCUUUUUUGGUAGGGAGGGUCCUGCAGAAAUGAUUUCUAUCAUGUGGUUUCAAUUAACUGGUUCACUACCAGUAAUUCCUGGAAAGAAAUAUAGCAUUACUUUCAAGCUGGGUUUCAAUGGAGGGUCAUAUGGUUGGCACGCCCAUCCUAUUUUCCUGAUGGCGAAGAUAGGGCAAAGGGGGCAGUACAGCUGGAAAAGGCUGAAGGAACUGGAGGGCAUGCCAAAGGGACCAAUUGAUGUACCAGAUGAUAGCAAUCCAUUUGAAAUUGAAGUUCCAACAUCAGCUUCGGACCCCAUGCUUUAUUUUGGCAUUUAUGAAGUGUGGUCUAAUGAAUGGAAGAAAGGUCUGCUAGUACAUAGCGCAUUUGUCAAAGAAGUAGAAGAAGAUGACAGCACAAAAAAAUGACUGAACUCAGUUCAGAUCAUUUGUUGUGAAGCUGUGUUUAAGUUUUUGUGUCUUGUUAGUUGUUAGCGCCAAACCAGGUCUACUAUGCAUGUCUGUGACUGGAUAAUUUGAAUUGUGUUCUAAAUGGCUGCUUCAUACCUUAGGAUUUUGUCCUCUGAUUGUUACUUACUAGAUAAAGAAAAAAAGCUUGG